AUGGCAGCUCUCAUCCAGCAAGGUGUAAUUUUGGUUGCACAUGAUUACUACUAUGUUCUGAUUCGUAAAAUAUUUAUCAUUUCACUUCCUAAUCCUGACAGAUUUACUAAUGUUGAGAAUGUGCAUAUCAAGGUUCGAGAUGAGUUCGUCACCAACGGUGGUGGUCCUGGAGAUGAAGUUCUCAGAGAGCUUCAAGCCAUUUGGGAAACGAAGAUGAUUCAAGCUGGUGCCGUGCUUGGUCCUAUUGAGAGGUCUACUGGUGCUAAUAGACCGACUCCUGGUGGUCCCAUUACUCCGGUUCAUGAUCUGAAUGUGCCGUAUGAGGGAACUGAGGAGUAUGAAACUCCUACUGCUGAAAUACUUUUCCCCCCUACGCCAUUGCAAACUCCAAUUCAAACCCCUUUACCGGGAGCUGGGGAGACCCCAAAUUAUAACAUUCCUACUGGACCAAGUGACUACUCUUCUUCUGGAAAUGAAACCGGUGGAAAUGCUGAUGUUAAAGGUGGAAGACCAAGUCCAUUCAUGCAACCUCCUUCUCCUUGGAUGAAUCAGAGGCCUCCACUUGAUGUCAAUGUUGCUUAUGUGGAAGGACGGGAAGAGGCAGAGAGAGGAGCUUCUAAUCAGCCUAUGACACAAGAUUUCUUCACAGUGCCUGGUGGAAAGCGUAAACGCAAUAAUAUGCCUCCACCAUAUGAUGUUGGAGGGUAUAUACCUCAGCAAGAUGGAGCUGGUGAUGCUGGAUCCGGCGAUUUUGAAAUUGAGGUGUGGUCUUUAUCCCACUGUUUGUCAGCAUCAAUCUUUUAUAAUAAUUUAUAUUUAUAUAUGCUAGGCACUUGCAUUUCACUUGUAAGUUGUAGGUAGUUCUAUAAUAGUGUU